AUCGAGGCACGGCCCUAAUCCAGAUCCACGCGGAUUGAUUGAGGCACGGCCACGGGGUUCUAAUCCAUAUUCAUCUCCGAAUUGUUUGAGGCUGGGUUCUAAUCCAGAUUCACGCAAAUAGGAUGAUCCGUCAACUCCAUGAAUCCUGCCAUCAAGAAGUCUGGAGUUUCGUAGCGAAGCAAAGUAAACGGACCUCUAUAUAAAGGACUUGUGAAGCUCCCCAGUGCUACAUUUCAGACAGCUCAAAUCAAUCAAUCAAUCCAUCAACACACCAGACCUAUCAGAAUCUCUGUGAACUUCCUUCGAAUAACCAACCCUUCCAAUCAACGCAAAACACGUACAAUCAUGAAGUUCUCCACCACUAGCAUUCUCGCCAUCCUCGCCGGCGCAACUGCCAUCACGGCAGCUUAUGUCCCCACCUCCGCCCGCGACGUUGACCUUGAAGCCUCUAAGGACUUCGAGGUUAUGAAGCGCGAAGCCUACGCAUCAGCCUAUGCCGAAGCUUAUGAUGACAUUCUAAACGCACGUGACCUCAUCGAUCGAGAGGCUUUCCCGGAAUCAGAGUCACUGCCAGAAUUCCUCGAGGCUCGUGGCAACGACGCGACUAUCCUCGACUACCUCCGGAACAUAGAUACAAGAACUGCGACAGGUUCCUUCAACAAGAACGUGUGGACGCGUAUCCACGGUGAUACCAAGUCGUCGGUUGGAGGGAACUUGCAUAUCGAGACGGGGGAGUUUAACAACAAGCCUCAGGCGCGACUGAUUCAGUCGGGGGUGAAGGGGUCGGCCGGCGUACUCGUGACAGUUGAGCCUGCGCGUGCUUCGGUGGGUUGUGCGGUGCAUACACUCAGAGUUCACUAUGGUGGUCCUCAACCUCCGAGCAACGACUGCUGAUCAGGUGCGAGAAGGAUACAAACGCAGGCCUAGAGGCGCAUGGAGUUGUAUGGGGGGAUAUGUCAGGCGCAAAGGAUAUAAGAUUAUGGAAAUAUAGCAAGCAAUAAGACUUCUCAUCUUGACAAUUUACCUCGCU